AUGGCCGGGAAUACCGUCGAGUUCCCGAUGUCGGUCUCCAAGACCGACGUGGAUAGCAACGAGUUCGACAUUGGAGACUUCACUCCACGGCUGUUGACUCACCCUGUGCUGCUCUCGGCAUUAAACUCGCACGUCCGCCAUUGUUGGAUUGAGUUUCUGCUCACCAACGAGGUCAAACCCCACGUUAUUUUCAAGUUCAACUUUACCGAAGGGUACCAGGUUGGAGGCAGAAAUUUUGUAUCUUGCCGACUGUCCAUGGAAUUGCACCGUGAUGAGAAUGGUCAUCAGGGACCAGGCGCCUGUUUACUCAAGGUCUGUUCCUAUACUGGAAGAACAGCCCGCGCACGGGCUGCCUUUCAAUUCCAAGUCAGCCGUCCGUGGCCGCUUUCGGAGGCCAUCAACGCGAUCUGCGGAACCCACAGGCGCUUGCCGGACUCCAUGAGAAGCAACUUGGCUGUCUUCCACUUUGUGGAAAUUCCACACGGCGGUUCACCUCUUUACGAUGGAUGCCGGGAUUGGAUCGCCCAAGUUUUCGUUCGUCUGCAUUAUCUCGGCUUGGUGGCAUGGGAUAUCGAGGGCAUCGUAAGCCCAGAACAGGCCGAGGAGUUAUCGCCAGACAAGGAACCUGAGCUGUAUGACUCUAACCGCGAAAGGUUCCGUCCCCUUCCCGGCAGCGAUUGCCCCCCGAUCGACUGGCACACGGCUGGGUUUCACGACGUCAUCGGCAAGUUCUUCCAGAAGCCCGAGCGGAAGGUGUUCCUGGACGAGUCGGGAAAACAGUACAUCGCCCCAAUGAUAUACUAUCGCCGCCUCGACCUGGAAGAGGGGAUGGUGCUGAGCAGCGUCACACGGUUCUACCAAUCACAAUCGGUGCCACAUCGUGCCCUGCCUUACAGGAGCCAGCGCUAA